AUGAUCGUUUCUAAGGCGUUCAUGGCUGCUUACCCAGCUCAUAACUUCAAUACAGAUGCUGUUUUGUCCACUCAGCCACAAGGAGAUUUUGUUUGGCGGAUUGUACUGAUGUUCGGAGCAGUUCCAGCGGCUUUAACCUACUACUGGCGGAUGAAGAUGCCGGAAACCGCUAGAUACACCGCCUUGGUCGCCGGAAACCACAAGAAGGCAGCUGCGGAUAUGGCAAAAGUCCUCGAAAAAGACAUACUUGUAGAAGAAUCAAAUUCUAAGCUUCCGAUGGAGUCAACUUCAUAUGGAUUAUUUCGAAAGAAUUCAAGGAUAUUUAUCCUGCAAUUGGAUUCGUACAUAAAGCCUCAAACCAUGAACGCCAUUGAAGAGGUUUUCCACAUCUCCAAAGCAAUGUUCUUAGUCGCACUCUUCGCAACAGUCCCUGGGUACUGGUUCACUGUGUUCCUAAUCGAUCGAAUCGGCCGGUUCGUAAUCCAGCUCGGUGGAUUCCUCCUAAUGUCCAUUUUCAUGCUGGUUCUUGGAGUCAAAUACGAAGCUUUCAGAGGCAAACCGUGUGCGGACACUAAGCACAAAGAUUCGUUGAACGAUUUUGUGACGAAUUAUACUCAAAAAGCAGAAGGAAUCAAACGGGCAAUUAUAGCACUUUCUGUGGUGAAUUUGCUCGGAUUCUUAUUUACUUUCCUGGUGCCGGAGACGAAUGGCCGGUCGCUCGAAGAAAUUUCCGGCGAGGAUAAGGAUCUUGGUGGUGGAAAUGGCGGUACGAGUGAAGCCAAUGGAAAUCACAAGGCACAUAACAAUGGAAUUGAAAUGGCGGCCGGGAGUGAUAUGGUUUAG